AUGGCUUCCAAUCAGCCAAGUCUUCUUGAGUACGCUAGAUUCUACAAUGUCGCAGAGGAUUCCACUCGAUAUUGUCCAAUCAACUAUGCAGACAAAACAUGUGAGCCGACAACUCCCAUCCCCCCUGUUGAGGGUCUCGACCCCGAACACCCAGAAGAACGCCUCAAAGAAAUCGACCGACGCUUUUGCACUGAGCUCAUGAUGGAGAAGCUCCCGGUUAAGCCUGAGGAUAUGGAUAUGUUGGCCGGCUGUCUCCAGCUCGAUUCGUUCAAUCGAAACCUUUGGCGUGGAAUCCUGCCUCAAGUGACAACAUCUGACGUUAAACACGAGCCUUAUCUCCUCACAGCCGUACAUGAGAGAAUGGUCGCUUCGUCCGAGUUCCACGCCAACUUCGCUCAGAGUCCGACUCCAUCUUCGCCUAUCCCUUCGGUUCGUCUGGUUGUUCCUAGUGGUCCUGAUGUUCCUGUCGUCCCUAUGAAUACGCGGGAUGUCUUUGAGCACUACAAUUCGGAGAUGUCCCAAUCAAACAGCGCUGAAGGUUUCACUGCGCCUGAAACUGUAGCUGCCGGGUUCUCCAAUAUUCCGACGACAUCUUAUCUUGCAGGAGACGCUGUGCCCCCAAUUGUGGGACCAUCGGGAAUCGUGCAUCAGUUUGUCAGUGUUGAGUCCGAUCCUGUUCCCUCUAUUGAAGAUCAAGAAAACGAGAGUUACGCUUCGAGUGAACUAAGCUCUGAGCAUCCCACCGAAAGUGAAUUUAGUGCAGUUGCUUUUGAUAACACUCCUUUCGAACCUUCAUUUGAAGUCAGUCCAUACAAAAAGGCACAACCCGCCCUUACUACCGUUUCUCCCAAUCUGACAAAAGAAAAAGGAUUCUCCGCUGGCAGGGUUGACACUCAGAAAACGCAAGCACCCAGAGCUUUGAGGGAAAAGAAGGAAAAGAAGGAAAAGAAGGAAAAGAAGGCUUCUUUGGAGCCUCUGGCGAAUACAGGAAUACCUUGUAAACCGAAGGGAAUUGCAGGUACUUCUUUCAGUGCACUUCAUCAAAACACAGUUGUGCCAAAGGGUGCCUGUUCAAGUUCCUCCAUAACUCAGCCAGGAAACGAUCAGAAUAGCACUCAGCUAGUACAAGCUUCGCAAAAUGCAAACGAUGACCAUGUGUUUUUACAUACUCCGUACCAGCAAAGCCCCAAUGCUAUGGUAUCACAUACUUCCGCGUCCGUGGACAAGAGAGCUUCUUGCAUCACUCAGGAAGGGCUGUUUCGCGCGAAACUGGGCUACAAGUUGCAUUCCACUGGAUUGAGAAAAAGCGCCUUCAAGCCUCGACAUGCUGUUUCUUCCGUAGAUUAUGCAAAGACCCCAAAAUCAUCUAAAACAGUGUUUGGCGGCCUAGGAUCCCUCUCCCUGUUUAUGCAAACUAGAGGAAGUGACGGAGGAUAUGUUACCUCGUUGCAUGAUCCAUCAUCCCUUUCCCUGUCAACAUCCACAAGAAGUGGACAAGACGAGUCCUCAGGUGUCCCUUCAUUUGGUCCUCUAGACCCCGGUAAGACACCAUCGGAACCCUCUCGUUCGCCGAGCCCGGCCUUCGAAAUGCAAGAAAUGGUAACCCGAUCGGCAUUCGACCCGCCACCGAUGUUCUUUUUGUCUACUGCCCUUCUAACAACCCACCCAGCGGUCAUACGAGAUAUGGAGGCGUGGCCACAGAAUCCACCCAAAUUGAUCUACAGGGACUAUGGGGGCGUGUACUCGGAUUCCCGAUACCACUACGACGCAGAAAUCAUUCUGGCACCUGAUAGUGGGAUUAUUCUGACAACCCCCCAUGAGUUAACCCAGCGAUAUCUUCCAGGGCAUGGUCCAAUGGAUGCAAGGCUCAAUGGGAUCGAGGGACUUAACUCCCCGCUCAAGGAAAAGAUUUUCUGCCUCAUCCAUCGAUAUGUGGUUCUAGUUGUUCUCAUCUGCAAACCCCAAACUGCAGACCUCGGGAGAGUUUCGAAUUCCUCCUUCACAAGGGAAAUCACUUCGCUCGCUCGAUUUUGUGACGUUUACGGGGAAUGGUGCACAACAUUACUGAUACCGAUCCCGAAUCACUCGGCAUCCAUUGCACUGUGGUGUUUCGGUAUGGGUAGGCUUCGAUAUGAAUUGUUUCCCCCUGGAAGUAUCGAAAACGUCACAGAAGAGGAGUCAGAGUAUGAAGUCGCACUCCGCGACGUGGGAAUUAACCCUUUUGGAGCGCGCUUUAUCUUGGACAACAUUCGCGUUGGUGGUUUCAAGCAAUAUCCUAGUUCCGAUCCAGACCCAUCCCCAGUGCCCGCUGAGGAGACAGUUCCCAGCACCAGCACAGAUUCAAGGGCUUUCGAUGUGUUUAUUAAUAUGGAGCCCCUGGAGCAGGUUAUGCAAUACGGGUCUUCUCUUGGCAACAAGCAGAUGGACAGAGUGUCGGAAGUGAUCGAAUUAAUGGCGCACUCGAGCUCCGAUGAUAAUGAGACUAACGGUGAGGAUAUCUAUGGUACUCAAAUCAGCUUUCAGUAG